AUGGAAAGACUGCAGCAAAAGAUAGACAAAACAAAAGACUUGGCGAGGUUAAAACAGUAUAAUGGUGAAAAUUUGAAGAACGCACGCCAGUUAGAAGGGGAAGGCCCCUCUGCAUUCCUUUAUGGGAAGAAGCCAGAAAGAGGUGAUCCAACACCGAUUGUGUGGGACACAGAAACACGACGAAAACCCCGCAAUACUAUUCUCAAGAAUAUCACCGAGCACAAGAUUCGAAAUGACCAUCAUCUUAGGGUACACCAACGUGGAAUAUAUCGGGUUCAAAGCCACCUUUGCUUCAAAGUUCAAGUGGACGAAGCAGACGACAUCUCGAGCACCUCACUGACUACGAGCGACGGGGACGAGCGAGUCGACAGAGGGCGCUCCAAGACGUUCUUACAUUUUGUGAUAAGAAAUUGCCAGGGAAACGAAGAUGAAGUGUUGAAAACUUUGAAGCUGGUUUAUCUGCUGCCGGGAGAGGAGUACAAAUACUGCAGCGAUCUGUCCGGCCUUGUUAGAAUGGACAGUGGCUGCUCUUUGUACACUAAAAUAAAAUGUGAAGACGACUCAAGUGACCUUACACAAUAUAUGGUGCAUUAUAAUUGGAACUUUUUUGGAUUAAACAAAGUGUGACGGUUGCUGUUCUUUCAAAAUAAGUGGAUUUUUUCCUUUGAAAUGAUACCAAGUGACAAAUAACAUCCGUCCUUUUUAUUUUUUUCUUUAUUUCAAUACAUUUUUCAUGA